CAGCCCAGCCCCGGGCAGCAGGGCUGGCUCCGCCCGGCGCCGCCGCCGGAGCUGCCGCGGCCGCUCUCCGCUCUCCUCCUCGCUCCGGAAAGAUGUCCUGUUAGACUGAGUUGGGAUAACAGGUUCCAAACCCAGAAAAGAAAGGAACCACUGCAGCUGCUCAGCUUUGAAGGAACCACAUUCCUGGGAAAUUCCCCUUUGUUUUUAUGGGACUUUACAGCUCAUGGGUUUAUUUACUGCAUCAAAGGACUUUUCUUCUAUUACAGAAGUGAUUUCACAGGAGAUGCUCGAGGGCUCUGGGACCUGUGAGCAGCUGCCACAGAGGAAUUGUCCUGGCAGAGCCUGAAGGAAUCCAGGAUCACAGCACUCCCCAGGCUGCUCCUGUCUCCUCUGCCUAUGGAUGCUGCUGGCCCCAAGGACACAGCUCCUCUCCCAACACCCACCUUUCUGGAAAUAAAAAUCCCCAGGCAACCCAACACGUCUUCAUCCAGGAGUGCAAACCAUGACUGAACACCCAAGGCCUGGACGUGCACUGCAAUUCCCACUCUGUCCAGGGCAAGGAUGUCCAACAACACAACAGAGAACUCCAGCAACGCUCCCUCAGCCCUGCUGGGCCUGUUCCUGGGAAGCAUUUCCCUGAUCACCAUUGUCAUGAACAUCCUGGUGCUGUGUGCUGUGAAGACGGAGAAGAAGCUGCAGACGGUGGGGAACCUGUACAUCGUGAGCCUGUCCGUGGCCGACCUGGUCGUGGGCGCGGCCGUGAUGCCGCUGCACAUCGUGGACCUGCUGAGCCCCCGCUGGCCCCUGGGGCUGCCAGCCUGCUUGUUCUGGCUCUCCAUGGACUAUGUGGCCAGCACAGCCUCCAUCUUCAACCUCUUUGUGCUGUGCAUGGACCGCUACCGCUCGGUGCAGCAGCCGCUCGGGUACCUGAGGUACCGCACCAAGAUGAGGGCGUCGCUGCUGAUCCUGGGCGUCUGGCUGCUCUCCUUCACCUGGGUCAUCCCCAUCCUGGGCUGGCACGUCUUUGCCAACAGCGGCAAGAGGAAGGUGGCAGCGGACAAGUGCGAGACGGAGUUCUUCCAGGUCACCUGGUUUAAAGUGCUGACGGCCAUUUUCAACUUCUACCUGCCCUCCCUGCUGAUGUUGUGGUUCUACUGCAGAAUCUUCAGAACUGUUCGGAAACACUGCCAGCACCGAGAGCUCACCGAUGGCUCUUACUGGUCUGCCAUGGAAAAAAACGCGCAUCAGACCAAGACCAAGGGUGAGAAAAAUAUCUGCCUCCAGAAGCAAAUCUUAGGUGAGGACAGCCCUGGCACAGACAAGCAAGCAGAGCCCCAAAGAAUAGAGGCAGAGCUUCCUUUCAGCCACCCUGACAAGGCUCCCGAGGCACUGAGCAACGGGAAGGUCCCAAAGUGGAGCUGCUUGUCUCUCAGCACAGCCAAGCCCGAGCCUGGCUCGGACACAGCAGGGAAGAAGGGGGUGUGUGCCACGAGAAAAGCUGGGGACAAGGAGCAGCCUGACAGCCAGGACAGCGACUCCAGCGUGGGAUCUGACACCCACACCUUCACCGAGGUGACCCCCCGCGCCGAGCAGCCCAGCCCCAGCCCCACGGGAGCCUGCUGCCCCCAGGCAAGCACCGAGCGCAGGGACUCCCGGGCCCUGGGGCUCCUCAGGAAAACCUGGCACACCCUGCACGGCCACUCCAGGAGCAUCCACCAGCACAGGAACAGGGAGAGGAAGGCAGCCAAGCAGCUGGGGGUGAUCAUGGCAGCCUUCAUGCUCUGCUGGAUCCCCUACUUCGUGCUGUUCAUGGUGGUAACCUUCCAGGACCACCAACAGCUCUCAGAACUGCACAGGGUCACCAUAUGGCUGGGCUACAUCAACUCCACCCUAAACCCAUUCCUGUAUCCUCUCUGCAACCACAAUUUCAAGAAGACUUUUAAAAAGAUCCUUCACAUUCAUUGAUGCUGGGCUGGGGUUUUUUCACGGCUCUAAGUGAAGCUCAGGAGUUCAACCAAACAAAAUGUUCCAGUUUCAAAGGAUGGGUACAGUAAAAGACUUUGGCAAGCUGUAAUCUACAGAGAAGUGUUAGUAAAAGGGGGAAACGUGCAUUUAAUAGCUGUAACACUUCAGAUCAAGAAUCUGAAGAACUCAAGGUCAAUAUAUGAACUGUUACACUGUUGUCAACAUUUUACCAUUUAGAUCACCACUUCCAUCACAGAAAUGGAGAUGCAAAUAGAUGUUUUCAGCAAUUAUAAAUUAUUCAGCUACAGAAAAAGAAGAAAUCACAUUUCUGUGAUUGGCCAAAAGCAUUUUUUUUUUCUUUCAACUUACUCCAUUAAACACAUUGCUUGUGAAGUGAGAUUUGCAAGUGGAGGCACUUUGCACAGUCAAAGAAAGAACUUCCAACUGUUUAAAAAAACUUCCCUAUUUAUUUAUAGCUUCCUCCAAAUCACAAACUUUUCAUCAAAUGUCAAGUUUUACUGUGUAUCUUACUGUAUCUCUUUGAUAUCAUGCCUAUAUUAACUGUACAUUAACUUUGCUGGAAAAAAGUAGAAUUUUUAUGUCCCAAAAGAGUUUCCAUGCUCAAUAUACUGUCACCAUCUACUGCAGAAGGGUGUGCUGCUGUUUCUAGACUUGUAUAGUUGAUUAUACAUGAAAUAUGUUUACCUUUUCUACCCUUUAUAUUUAAUUGUAUUUCAUAAAUCUUGCUGUCAAAUAUUUCAGGGAAAAAACCACAACAGAAUACUCAGUGUUGGAAAAGAGACCAAGAGGGUGUUGAAGUGCAGCUGAAAGCAGGGCUGGCUUUGGUGUUACAGAGAAAAAAUAAAGUUCUCUCGUUCCUUUUGUUGUGCUGAUGAAUUUCCCACGUCCUGAACACUUUCUGAAUUGUAUUUAAAGGAUGUAAUAUUAAAUGAAGCCCUGAUAUAUCUGAAUUUUAAUAAAUCUGGGAAAUGUGCUAAAGGAAUAAACUAAAAUUCAGUCUAUUUCAGUGUAUUAUGCAAGGCUCAGAGAUUGACUUUGGUUUCAAGUUGCACACGGGAAAAACUGCAGUUAGGAAACUUAAAUCUAGGAGCAAUGAGGCAAAAUGCAGGGAGAGAAGACAAAACCAACACAAUUCAUUGCAGAAUUCAGACAACUGGUUCACUGCAGGAGGAACACCUGCACAGGUAGUGAAAUGCACCUUUUGGAGCAGAGAACAGAAGCUUUUGAAACACAUGCUCUAAUCCCUGGCCUUUCACAAACAAUUGCUGAAGUUCACAGCCAUUAAAUUGUGGGUUUUUUUCUAUUCUGAUUUGCAACAGCAAUUCUGGCCAAAAUGGAUGGUAAUUUAGAUGAUCCCUGAGGAAAUAAAAGCCAGCCACAGUUAUUAGUGCUGAAAAAAAACAUUUACCCACAGGCUGCUGGGAGUUAUCAAGAAACCUGUCCUGUUGAUCAUGAAAAUUGCCUUUUCUGACCUUAAAAUGUACUAAUACAUGACAAAACCUCAGCAAGAUCAUUGAAAAUUGGUCUAAAAUGAUGGUGACUGUAACAACAAAAACCUUUGGUAAAAAUAAAGGACAUUCAAACGGAUAAACCCAGGAAAAUAAAGCUGCCUUAAUAUUUUUUUAAUCUCAAGUCAUUUUGCCCAUGAUCUUUGUGUAACUUAAUAGCAAAGACAGGGGAUUUGUGAUCUAUUAGAGAACAAUAAAACAGGGAAAUGGGAUAAUUUAAACAGCAAGUAGCUAAGAAAAUGUCUGUUUAUUUCACUGAGCAGGCAAUUCCAGUUGCUCUGGGAGGGAAGCAGAGAAAAGCAUAUUACUGUAAGAAAUGGAGAAGCCUCCCACCAACGUGGGGC